AUGCCGGGCGAUUCAGUUCAGUCGCAAGUCUCACUGCCAGGCAAAAGAAUUGCUCCCUUCCAUGGCGGUGCCCAGCGAGACCCUUCUGGAUUGCGGCCUGAAGCUGAUGGCCUCGACUUGCAAAGUGUGGUUGCCACCAAGAUCGCCAGAAAAUCGCAGAGAUCCAGUCGAGACGCGUACGAUCAGCUUAUGCUCGAGUCGUGUGCUGGUCGUGAAGCUGGGUGGUGGAUGGCGGGUUGCAUGAAUCAUCACUUGGGUCGACAGAAGCUUGCCGACGGAGCGUCGAGUCGAAUGGUCGAGAUGGUUGGGGAGCCCGCGCUUGUGCUGCAGGAACCACAGCUCGUCGCUCGUCGCUUAUGCUCGUGCAGGGCGCAUCUCAAACGGAUCUGCAUUGCCGCUUCGGGUGGGAUGCAAUAUACAUGA